GUACAUGAAAAAGUGAAACCAUGGAUAUUCUCGACGUUGCUUCACAACUCACACUGACUCACUGACACUUGACGCCACAAUUGACAGUGAAAACAACUUGUUCUUCCACUAUGAGUGUUACGAAAAUGCCCAGGCCUUACGAGGUAAUACGAUAUGUGACGGACAAACAAGUAAUCGUUUUGGACAUUGGCACAGCGUACACAAAAUUUGGAUACAGCGGUAAAUCGUCGCCACGCGGUAUCAUCAGAACAGAAAUAAAGUGUUCUGUUACGAAGAAAAUGAGAAAGAUUUUCGAGUACAAUGAUACCGAAGAUUUGUACCAACUGCUUGUUGAAUUUUUGCAUGCACUGUUCUUCAAACACGUGACUGUAAGUCCCAAAGACCUGAGGGUGAUAGUCCUUGAGUCUCUGCUUUUACCUACACAAUUUAGAGAAACUCUAGCAAAAAUAUUGUUCCGACAUUUUGAAAUUGGCUCGUUAAUGCUACUCCCUACCCAUCUGGUUGUCAUAAGUACCCUCGGAACUGACACAGCUCUAGUGUUAGACGUUGGGUACACAGAGGCCACUCUAAUACCAAUUUUUGAAGGCGUCGCUGUCCUGAAAGCCUGGCAGUCUUUACCUCUUGGGGCUCAAGCUGUACACAAGUCCAUCAAGGAUGAAUUGGAAAAAACGUUGCCAGAUCUGCAAGUGGAUGACAAUCUUGUCGAAGAUAUAAAAGUGAGAACGUGUUUCGUAACAACAAUGGAACGUUCCAAGAAGUUGGAAACAGAGGACCCUCCACUUCCUCCACCCUCAGUCAAAUAUCCUGGAAUACAAACUUUCACUAUUCCUGGGGAAGUCAGAGAAAAAGCGUUUGAAGUAUUGUGGGAACGUGAUAAUGAUAAUCUCAGUAUACCAACGAUGAUCCUCGAUGCAUUAGUCAAAUGCCCUAUCGACACAAGAAGACCGCUAGCCGAAAACAUUAUAUUGGUGGGUGGCACAACAAUGGCGAAAGGAUUUGCAGCUCGUUUGAAGUCGGAAUUGAUGAGUCUAUUGAAGAGUGAUUUAUACGCGGAUAAAUUGAAGAUAAGAAAGUUCAAAUUUCAUACAGCACCGAGCAAGCCAAACUAUACGGCAUGGUUGGGUGGUGCAAUAUUUGGAAUCGCAGAUUUGCCUUCGAGAUGUUUGACCAGAGAGUCGUAUUUGCAGAGCAACCGAGUACCCGAUUGGGCGUGUCUCAUCGACAACGAAUGAGCGAGAAAUCAACGAGAGAGAACGUCGUUAUUCUUUUUCGUUCGUCUAACAAUCGCACGAGGUUUAUAAAAUUUAUCAAUAAGAAUAAAUUAUUUAUCGGAAAAA